AUGGCUUGGUUUUGGGCUGACGCACCUUCAAAUUCUAAUAUCGAUGGGUCGGCGAGAUCUAGCGGGAAACUAACAUGCCCUGUUAGUGGGGGUAGCUCGGAUCAAUCUGCAUGCCCUGUCAUGCAUGCUUCGAAAGGAAGGGAUAAGUUAAAUGGUGGUUCACUUUUAAAUCCCUUGAAUAAUAUGCCUGCAUUUAUAUCUUCUAAAAAGCAACCUGGGCAGAAAUUAGAUUUACCUGAAGAUCGGUCACUUUCUUCUAUUCCUAGAGGUAGUGAUGGUGUAACCAAUUGGGAGUAUCCUUCACCACAACAGAUGUACAAUGCAAUGGUGAGAAAAGGGAAGAUAGACCCAAAUACAGGUGAAGAGAUACCGGAAGAUGCUGUUGAAUCGAUGGUUUUUGUUCACAACUUUUUGAAUGAGGGCUGCUGGCAAGAGGUUUUGGAAUGGGAGAAACCGUAUACUGAUAAGACCCAUGUCGCCCCACGGCUACUCAAAUUUACAGGAAGGCCAGAUCAAUUAUCUCCCCGUGCGAGAUGGUAUGCUUUACUCGGAAAAUUGUUCCCAAGCUACUAUUCAGGAGAGCACCCUUUCGAUAGACAUGAUUGGGUGGUCCUGAGGGCUGAUCCAAUGUCUGCUGAUCCAGAGAAUCCCGGAUUUAAAAAAAUCCGCUACGUUAUAGAUUUUUAUGGUGGUCCCGAUGAUGAAGAAGGGUUCCCAUCAUUCAAUUUAGAUGUAAGGCCUGCUUUAGACAAUUCAUCAAACGCCAAGGAUAGAUUUAUCAGAUAUACGAAACCCAUUAUUGAUGAGUAUUUUGGAGGAGCUAACAAAUGA